AUGCAUGUGGGGGACUCUUUCAAAAUUCAAAGCACAUGUGGACACUUUCAAGUUCAAAGCACAAUGUAAGACCAUGGGCUGCACGUUUUAGUGAUUCAGCCCAUGGAUUAUCAAAUUUCUAUAUAAAUCGCUAACAAACAAGCAUUCCUUACACACCAAAUCUACAUUCUUUCCGAGAGAAAUCUUACAAUGGCUCUUUCUUCGGCUUUGUCUUUGAAUUGGAGCUUCAGCCUCAGCCCUCAGCCUACUCAGUCCCUCAUGCAGCUUAAGCGUUUCAGUAAAACAUUGCCAUUUAUGUGCACAAAAAAGCUUCAACCUAUCGUAGAUCACCCCUUAGCUAAAGUUGAAAUCCCAUUUCAGUGCACAAGCAAGCAACAUUCCAACUUGUGGAGGGAUGAUUUUCUACAGCCUAUUCCCAUGCAUCCUUACAAGGCUCCUUCCUAUGCUGAACAUUCGGGAAGACUUAUUACCGACAUCAAAGGCAUGUUCCAUGCAAUUGCUGCUGGUGACCCACAUGAAAGCAAUGUUUUCCAACUUUUAGAAAUGGUCGAUAAUAUCGAGCGGCUUGGAAUCGGUCGACAUUUUCGGACAGAAAUAACAGAUGCCCUUGAUUUUAUUUACAGAAAUUGGGGUGAAUGCCAAGGAGAUCUCAACACCACGGCCUUGGGCUUUCGGAUUCUUCGACUCCACAAAUAUCCUGUUUCCUCAGGAAUAUUGGGACCCUAUAAAACAGAAAAUGGGCAAUUCUUGUGUUCUACCGCAGAAUCAGAGGAGGAGAAAAUAAAAGGUAUUCUAAAUUUGUAUCGGGCUUCACAGAUCGCUUUCCCAGGGGAAAAAAUAUUGGAGGAGGCUAAAGAUUUCUGUGUUACUUACUUAAGUGAAGCUCUGCAGAAGACUGGGAUCAGCUCCCACCUUUUGAAAGAGAUAUCUUUCAAUUUGGAGAAUGGGCGGUACACCAAUCUUCCACGAUUAGAAGCAAGGAAAUAUAUUAAAAUCUAUGGAGAAAACAGUUCAUGGGCCAGAAUGGAUGGUAACAAGAAAAUUUUAACCCUCGCCCAAAUGGACUUCAACAUGAUCCAAUUGCUACAUCAGGAAGAGCGUAAAGCCUACUCCAGAUGGUGGAGGGAUUCUGGUUUAUCUAAACUAAAAUGUGCUCAUCGUCGUUAUAUAGAAUAUUUUUCUUUAGCCUGUGCAAUUUGUGAAGAUGAAAAAUAUGCUAAGUUCAGAUCUGGUAUAGCAAAGUUUUCUGCAAUCGCUACCUAUCUUGCUGAUACAUACAAUACAUAUGGAACUUAUGAUGAGCUUAAACAGUUCACAGAUGCUAUUAAAAAGUGGGAUCCAACUUCUACAGAUUACCUUCCAAAAUAUAUGAGAAUUAUAUACACUGCAUUAUAUGAAGCAAUUAAUGAAAUGGAUGUUGAAGUUAGAAGGAUUCAAGGCCGAGAUACUCUAUCUGCCUCAAGAGAUGCGUGGCAAUCUUAUAUAGAUGUAAUGAUGCAAGAAGUUGAGUGGCGUGUUUCACAAGAGAUACCAAUUUUGAAAAAAUACUUAGAGAAUGGAAAAGUUAGUUCAAUAGCUCGUGUAGUGACACUACAACCUAUACUAACAAUUGAUGGGAUUCUUCCAGAAAAAAUCUUUCAAAAUUUUGAUUAUCCAUCAAGGUUCAAUGAUCAUGUAUGCUUGAUCCUUAAAUUAACAUCAGACAUCAAAUCGUUCAAGGGUAAGGUAGAAGAUGCAGUUUCAUCCAAAGUGUGUUACAUGAGAGAUAAUCCAGGAAGCACUAAAGAAGAUGCCUUUAUUUACAUCAAUAACUUAUUGGAUGAACAACUCAAAGAAUUAAGUUGGGAAUACUUGAAAUUUGACAAUGUCCCAUCUUGCGACAAUAAUUAUGCCUAUGAUAUCACAAGGGGUUUCCUACAUUUCUACCAAGAGGAAGAUGGUUUUAGCAUUUCAAGUGAAGAUAUAAAGAAUCACAUCAAUCAAAUACUUGAUGACUAUAUAACAAAAUAAAUUCUCAAUAUAGUCAAAUAUUUUCUACAAUCAAGAUAAGGAUGCAAAGUAUGUGAGGAAAAGAAGGAUACCCUAGCUCUUAAUCCAACCUCUACUAGAGAAAUGGGAGUCAAAAGAGAAUGCAAAUAGUCUUACUACACCUAAAUAGUCUUACCAUCUAUUGAGCAUGGGAUCUCAUAGUCUAUCCUUUUGUUGAUUGUAGGUUGGCCAAUAUUUUGCUAACCAUUUAUUUGUUUAUUUGUGACCUAGGUUAGUUUCUAGGCCUAGUAUCAUGUUUGUUCUUAUUAUUUAUUUAUUUUAUAUUUAUGUCUAUGGCUUUAUAUAAAUUUAUGUGAUCAUUUCAAUA